AUGCCCAUUAAAGUUACAUGUAUUGCACCGGUAAACAUUGCCAUCAUAAAAUACUGGGGAAAGCGUGACGAUGACCUGAUUUUGCCGAUAAACGAUUCUAUCAGCGUUACCCUCUCGACGGACCACCUUCGUACAAAAACAACAAUCACUGCCGGUCCGGAGAUCACGAAGAAUGUGCUUUACCUAAAUGGAGUGGAAGAAUCUUUCGACAAUCCACGUAUUCUACGAUGCUUUCAGGAAGUACGGAAAAAAGCCAAAGCGUCUGGGAAAUGCCCGAAACCCGAGCUACUCGAAUGGAACAUUCACGUUGAGUCGGAGAACAACUUUCCAACUGCUGCGGGGCUCGCCUCAAGUGCGGCAGGGUAUGCUUGUUUCGUGUAUACAUUGGCCACUCUUUACGGAAUCGAAAGUGAUGAGUUAAGUGGUAUAGCCCGUAUGGGAAGUGGUUCAGCAUGCCGCAGUCUUCAUUCGGGUUAUGUCCAAUGGGCUCGUGGUGAACGUGCAGAUGGUUUGGAUUCGUUGGCGAUUCAGCUAGCACCGGCUUCUGCUUGGCCGGACAUGCAUGUACUGAUUCUAGUUGUUAGCGAUCGUAAAAAAGCUACCGCUUCAACGCAUGGAAUGGCCACGAGUGUAAAAACGUCAGAUUUAUUGAAGCAUCGAGCUUCGGUAUGUGUUCCAGAGCGUGUAAAAUUGGUCCAGAAGGCCAUAACUGAAAAGGAUUUUGACACUUUCGGCCGUAUUGCCAUGAAGGAUAGUAAUCAAUUUCACGCCAUCUGCUUGGACACCUAUCCACCUUGCUUCUACAUGAACGAUGUGUCACGAUCGGUUAUCCGUAUGGUAGAUCAAAUCAAUAAGCUUGCCGGAGAAAAUGCACCCGUCAGAGUGGCGUACAGCUUUGAUGCCGGUCCGAAUGCGUGCCUGUUUCUAAUGGAGAAAGAUGUUGCGGAAGUGUCGGCCAUCGUGCGUCGUGUCUUUCCGUUCAAUGGAUGUACGGCAGAAGAGUACUACAAAGGAAUUCCGAAUGAUGAACCAGCUAUAGAAGCGAUCCCGACGACUGUGUUGGAAUCGUUCGUCGCGGAAGAACCGAACCAGCUGCGUUACAUAAUUCACACGAAAGUUGGUGAUGGGCCGAAACGUGUUGAUUGA